CCCGACAUGGGCCCGAGACUGGAAACUCAGCAGUUCAGACAGAGCAAGGCAGUUUUUUGUUACGAGAAUUCGCUACUUGCACCGUUCCUUCGCCUCAACGACAACGCCGCGUCCGAACUUCAGCGAGAACGUGCCGCUUGCUGUGCCCGUAGCGGUUUAGCAGACAGUUCACCGCCUAGGUCGCUUCCUGGCCCCCCCUGUCCGACCAUAAGGAGGCUGGUCUCGCCAUGAAUCCAUCCGACCGGCUGCCACCACUCUGUCCAACGGCUUAAAUCUGUCGUCCAACUGCCGGUCUCACGAGGUAUCGAAAGGUACUACCGGACUAAAACUUCGAACGGGCGCCCUUCUCUGGCGGCAUUGCUGUUGGCCUCGAGAUCGAGAGAUCGAACGGGUAUCGACCAAAGGCAGACCGGCUCGAUGGACUUCCUGGUCGACUUUCCCCGGGGGCUGCCCGAUAAUCCGGCGCAGGCCCGUAGGGCAAUUGCAGCUGCCGCGCUCGCAAACCCGACGCCUCCGCCUCCGGUCCCGAGCCUUCGAGAUGUUCCGUCGACGUCGAAUCUUUCGGCGGGCCAACCCAUCUCGCCCAACCAGGUGCUUGCGCUGGCAAGAGAAGCGAUGCGGACUGCUCACGAGAACGAGGCCAAGGCAGCCGAGGCCAGCGGGGUCAGCAAUACGCUUAAGCCGGGCCUGACCAUAGACCUGAGCAGGAAGAAAAUCCAGACACUGCCCGAGGAGAUCGUGGACAUAAUCAAAGACGAAUUGGAGCGUCUUGCGCUGUCGCACAACUACCUGCAGACCCUCCCGGCCAGGUUCUCCGAAUGCACCUCCCUGCGGUAUCUCAAUGUCAGGCAGAACAGGAUAAAGGAGUUUCCUCUAGCGCUCUGUGACCUCAAGUCACUCGAGAUCCUUGAUUUGGGGCGAAACAUGCUUCAAGUCCUGCCACCAGAGAUAGUAAAGCUAUCAUCUCUCAAGGUGUUCUCAAUCCCGAAGAACAAGAUCACCCACCUGCCGCUUUGCUUGGCCGACAUGCCGUCCCUAUCCGUCGUGAAGUUGGAGGGCAACCCGCUGAAGUUUCCACCGCCUGAGAUACUACGAGUGCAAGGGAACGGCGGGCAGAAUGACGGGACUGGGAAGGAGAGCGAGCUAUCAGAGGUUGCUGCCACGGCGCUUCUCAAGAAGUUCCUGAAGCAAGAGGCCAGCGGUCAGGCGGAUUCACCUGGCGACGGGGCGUCUGAAGGCACAGAAACGCCGCGACCAACGAUCAAGCGGGUCUUUAGUGGACGGUUCCCAAUCAAAGUCAAUGGCAACGAAGUGCCUGACCUCAGAUCGCCAGCUGCUCCUCGCCCGCCACCGAUCCCGAAUCGGUCGCACUACCGCGGACUCUCACAACAAAACGCAGCGCAGCGCAGGCCAGGGGUCAUGCCUCUGAUCAUCGGAAACCCAAAUGAAAGGGUGCGUAGCAACUCCGAAACCAUUUUCCAGACCUCGAGCCGGGAGCGAUCCGAAAGCCGGUCUCGGCGCAUGGCCACGAUUGUGUCCAAGAGGUCAGAGCUCAGUACGCUAGAAGAAGACGUGAACAACCGCUUCAGUCAUUAUCGGGGCCUCAGUCAUGGCUCCGCAAUGCAGGGCAACGGUGCGGCUACGCAGACGAAAAGCCCUAGCAAUGGGAGCCCGGCCGAGCCGGCAUUGCAGCGCCCUGUCUACAUCCGUAGGCUAUCGGUCCUGCCCGAGAGACGGCGCGAGUCUAAGGUCUUCGACCCUGUGCUUGAAGCUGCCAAGGGUGUUCUCUAUUCCAUCUUCCAGAUCCAUCCUAUGAUUCAGACGCUGGUCGGCUUGACCAACGACGGCACGUCGCGGCGGUCGAACCUCGAGUUUGUGGUGCACAACACAAAUGCCCAUGUUGAGCAGCUGGAACUGGAAAUACAGAAACAUGAACAGGCGGCCGAAGACGGAUACGGUCAGAAAGAGAACGAAAACGUACAACGGGCCUGCCUCACACUUAUCCAUGCCUACCAGCAUGUGUGUUCGCUCGUGAUGAGCAACGUGGACCUGUUUCUGGACAACGGCGACCCGCGAUACAUCCGAACGUUGUUGACGCAGCUCUAUAAUAGCGUUAUGGAACUGCGUGUAACUUGCUCCCAGAUAGCACCGGACGGUAAUUCGCGGCCCGCCGCUACCCUUGCUCGACCUGAUCUUGGGGAGACUAUUAAGCCUCAUUCGCGUGAGAAUUCGACCACGCCAACGAUCGACCGAGUGCUUGCGAACGGCAGGCCGCGGAACGGCAUGUUCGUAUACAACCCCAGCAAUCUUCGGGUUGCCACAGAUGUCUCGAUGCCCUAUUUCAACGGCUUUAGCCGGUCAGCGAUUGCGGGGGCCGCUACGCCCAGGUCCGGAGAAUCCUUCGCGUCGACGAGCACCACGGGCACCCGCAACCUAUCGGCCGACUUCACCGAGGAGGAUCGCAUCUUCGAGAGGAUAUUCCUCUCGCUGCAGAAGACCACAGAGCUAGUGAUGCGUGUCUUGCCGACGAUGAGGGGCCAGUUCGUAUCUGCGAUGCGGGCAGCGGCGGCACAGCGCUCCCCUGAUCACCAAGUCCACUGUUGGAAGACGCUAAUUGCUAAGUGCACUACGUCGAUCCAGCAAACAGACAUGCUCAAGGGUAAACUCUCAACGAUCAAGCUAAAGGAGCCGGGUAUCCGCACGCAACCAUCCUUCUGGCGCCUCUGCAACAGCUUCGUCGACUCGUGGUACGUCCUGAUCAAGAGGAUCAUGCACCUGCAGAACGACAUACAACUGCCCAUAGAUACCAAGUCUCGCCUACGCCCCAUCCAACGCAGCAUGAAAGAAACAUGUGACCUCAUGAUGUCGUCUCCAUGGUCCUACUUCCUCCGCCACCCGGGCGCGGAACCCAUCGCCUCGCCCUACAGCAGCACACAAUCUAGCACGCCGGUACCCCUUCCCAUGACACCGCAGAGCGCGGCCUUGGGUCCUGCGGUGCAGGCCACCGUACCGUCUACACCGCAGAGCGCCUCGUUCUCGUCGGCGUUCUCGGGUGUAUUUGAGCGCGACCGCUCGGACACGAUGCUUUCUAUGGGUGGCGGCGGCGGCGGCGGCGGCGGCGGGUACGGGAACGGCAUGUCGCGCAGCGGAACUAUGAAUUCCAGCUCAACGGCGAGCCUGACCGCGUCCAGUCUCAACUCGAUGAGCAGUGUCGGGUCGUCCCAUGAGGUAGUUACCCCAUCGUCGGCACUGAGUCCGGGCGGCGGGCCGUUUGGGCAGUUGCCCUUUCGGUUAGGGGAUCGCGGCGGAGGCAAUAUGAAAGUGGGCGGAUUCUAGGGGGGUGAUAUGAGGGCAGUGGGGUUGAUAUAUGGGGGAGAUCUACCGGCCUUGUGAUUCACGGUUGAAUUUAGACGACCGGAUUCUUGGAACAUUGUAUCCUGUUUCGAAGCAAGUCUGGCGUCUGGUGGUCCUGCGAUGGGAACGGGGAGAGACAGGGUUUGGCAUGGUGGCGCAGGAAAGACAACGGUCCUGGUUGCAUAAUGGAUAUCCGUAGUGUUUUGUCAAUUGGGCGCAUUGGAAGGAGAGGGGGGUUUUGGAUGGGCACGCAUAUGUGUCACCCUGAGCGGGUUGAUGAGGGCGUGGUGAAUGGAUAGACAGGGUAAUCAAACAAUGAAGCUUCCCAAAGUGAGUUUUACCUGUAUGACAAUAUGGACUUCCUGGUGGUGAGUUCAAUCAUCUUGCCGCAACAGCUUGUGUACCCAACUCAUAUGGCCCCCUCGGGUGUACGUGGG